CGCUUAAUUCAGAACUUGUCAGGCUUGUUUUCCUUUCCCCACGAUCCCAUCAUCCGCCCAUCCCUUCCACCUUCAAUUGCCCCCCCAAACCAUCACAAUGGCUUCAUUCAUGCGCAUGAAGGCCGCAACAGGCCUCUCCGGCCUAUCACGCGUCGCCCUCUCCCGCGCCAGCCUCACACACAGCGCCAUCCUGUGCCAGCGCGAUCCCCAACGACGACUCUUCAGCAACUCCAGCAUCUUCAAUGGCUCGUACAUCGUCUCCGUGCCGCCCAUGGCAGAGUCCAUCACCGAGGGAACACUAGCCAGCUUGCCCAAGAAGGUCGGCGAGGCGGUUGAGCAGGAUGAGGAGAUCGCGAGCAUUGAGACGGACAAGAUUGAUGUUCUUGUUAAUGCUAGUGAGCCUGGUGCUAUUGCUGAGUACUUUGCUGAGGAGGGCGACACUGUUGUUGUUGGACAGGACCUUGCGCGUAUUGUGACGGGUGAGGAUGCGGGUUCUGUUAAGAAGAGUGAGAGCGAGGAGUCAAAACCUAAGGAGGAGCCUAAGAAGGAGGAGUCAAAGCCUGCUGAGCAACCCAAGGCCGAGGAGAAACAAGCUGCUCCUUCUGAAGCUCCCAAGCCUUCAAAGCCAGCUGAGUCGAAGCCUACGCCCAAGGAGUCUAAGCCCAGCCCUCCCGUCCAAGGAUCAUCAAGCGGUCCCUCCCGCGGCGAGCGAGUCGAGAAAAUGACACGCAUGCGCAAGACCAUCGCCGCACGCCUCAAGCAGUCCCAAAACACAUGCGCAUCCCUAACAACCAUCCAAGAAGUCGACAUGACCAACAUCAUCGCCUGGCGCGCCAAGUACAAGGAAGAAGUCGCGGAAGAGCACGGCGUUCGCCUCGGUUACAUGGGCGCCUUCACAAAGGCUACUACACUCGCUGCGCAAAAGGUUCCCCAGAUCAACGCCAUGAUCGACACGGAGAAGGAGAUCAUCACGUAUCGCGAUUAUGUCGAUGUGAGCAUUGCUGUUUCGGCGCCUAAGGGUUUGGUUACGCCUGUGUUGAGAAAUACACAUGAGUUGAGCAUUGUUGAGUUGGAGAGGGAGGUUGCUUCUGCUGCUAAAAAGGCUCGUGAUGGUAAGCUUACUAUGGAGGACAUGGAGGGCGGAAGCUUCUCCAUCAGCAACCCCGGUAUCUUUGGCUCCAUGUUUGGAACUCCUGUUAUCAACUACCCCCAGGCCGCUGUGUUCAACAUGAACGGUAUUCGUCAAGAAGUCGUCGCCAUCAAGGGUGAGGCCGUCAUCCGACCUAUGAUGUACAUCAGCUUGACCUACGACCACCGCCUCAUUGAUGGUAGAGAGGCUGUCACUUUUUUGAACACUGUCAAGAAGUAUAUUGAGGAUCCUUCGCGCAUGCUCCUUGUCUAAACAGUUGGAGUGUUAGAGUAUAGUAGAGUAGAGUAGAGUAAAGAGCUUAUUUGUAUGCUAGAGCGAUUGGAUUUAGACGGAGGAAUGGGCACUAUUGCAUGGCCGGCGCAUUUGUAGAGUUCGACUAAUGCAGAUGCUUACUACGUCACGUUUUAUCGUGUGAUUGAGGCGAAGAGAUGUAGAAAUGUAUACAAAGGAGAAAUCACUUCUCGAACCCUUGGCUGUGCUCUUAUUCUGUGAUGUGUGGACUAGACUCUGCGCCA